UUGAUUUCCUCAUAAUUUUGUUGUCUGUGCAACUAAACAUUGCUUGGUGACACUAUCACUCCAACCUGUCUUCUCCCACAACCUCUCUCUCAGCCACCAAAUUUCAGAAUUCAUAAUACAAACACUUUCUGCUACACAAAACUACUAUUACUACAAUGCAGACAAGAACGGUGCAAGUGAAGCAACUUUCGGAUCUAGCUGGUGAGAGAGAGAUUCACGAGUUCUUCUCCUUUUCUGGAGAAAUUGAGCACAUUCAGAUCCAAAGUGUAACUGGGAAAUCAAAGACAGCUUUUGUGACAUUUAAAGACCCAAAAGCGCUUGAAAUAGCAUUAUUGCUGUCGGGAGCAACAAUAGUAGACCAGAUUGUGAGUAUAACUCCAGUUGAAAACUACGUACUAAAACAUGAGGAUGAGAUGCAGGAAGUAAGGAUAGAAAAUGCUUUAAAUGUAGCUCCUUCUGAAAAUGUUUCACCAAAUGUUGAGGUGGACAAGGCUAACCUCACCAAUGGAAGAGUGUACAUUAGUAGAGCACAAGAUGUAGUUACGAAUGUGCUGGCAAAAGGUUCAGCAAUAAGACAAGAUGCUUUGAGCAAAGCUAAAGCAUUUGAUGAAAAACAUCAGUUGACUGCAAAUGCAUCUGCAAAGGUCAUUUCUUUUGACAAAAGAGUAGGACUGACUGAGAAAUUAACAGUUGGCAUUUCUGUGGUGAAUGAGAAAGUGAAAUCUGUUGAUCAGAGGCUGCAUGUUUCAGAUAAGACUAUGGCAGCAAUAUUUUCUGCUGAGAGAAAACUAAAUGAUACUGGAUCAGCUGUCAAAACAAGCAGAUAUGUGGCUGCUGGAACCACAUGGUUAAAUGGUGCUUUCAGUAAGGUGGCAAAAGUUGGACAAGUUGCUGGUACUAAAACCAGAGAAAAGUUCCAUUCGGCUGUAUCAAACUUGACAGCAAAGGAACCACCAGUGGCUGCAUAAACCAGAAUUUUUUCAUCUGUGGUCAACCUUGACGAAGAUCUCUCGGUAUAAUUGGUUGUGAAUUUGAUCUUAGAAAUUGGAGUUAUGAAGACUCUUGAUUGGGAUACAACACCAGAGUUUUUCUCGGUUCUUCAACAGCGGCAUAUGGCAAAUAUUGUGAUUCAAUUUAUUCCUAUUUUUUAUAUUAUUUUUUCAUUCUGGUUUGCUUGGUGCUUUGUAAUUUUGCAGUGGUAUUUUAAUAUUUUUGUGUUAUUGUAUAUUUGUAUUUCUUUUUGUG